GCACCUGAAUUAUUUGGUGCUGCAGUAGCAAGUGUAGGUGUUAUGGACAUGUUGAGGUUCCAUAAAUUCACCAUUGGACAUGCGUGGAAAAGUGAUUAUGGUGACCCUGAUAAAAAGGAAGAUUUCGAAUAUAAUUACAAAUAUUCUCCGCUUCAUAAUGUACAGUCUGCCAAACAGUAUCCUGCAGUAUUAUUAAUCACAUCGGACCAUGAUGAUAGAGUAGUGCCCUUGCAUUCAUAUAAAUUAAUUUCGGAACUGCAGUAUGUUGUAAAGAAUAAUCGAAAUCCUUUAAUGAUUAGAGUCGAAACUAAAGCUGGUCAUGGAGGUGGAAAACCUACACAGAAGAAAAUUAAUGAAGCUACUGACAAAUAUUCCUUCAUUGCAUUGUCAGUUGAUGCAAAAUGGGUAGAUUAA